AUGGCAGAGGACGCCUGGAACUGGAUCUCCGGGAAGCUUGCUCAUCUGACCAGCACACCCCAAACUCAAUUUAAGGACGACGAAGCCACCAAAUGGUUUGGUCUCUGUGUAGAGACCAACCGACAGAGAGACCGUCUCACAUCAAUCGUCGAAACCAAACGUCUUCAGGAGCUCAUGACAAUAUCUCUCCAUUACCGUGAGAGCAGUCCAAAACGCCAGUUUCCUAGCAUCACAUCCUUUGUUGGAGAGACUGGUGCAGGAAAAUCCACACUGAGUAUGCCACUGCCCUGCGACCAUCGAUAG